GUUGACGAUUCUCCCCAAUAUAAAUAGGAUUUGCCCCAAGGUAAUUUGACAUUUUCCCUCUCUCUCAAAAGUCAAAACCCCAGAAACUCUUCGUUGCGGAACCAGUGAUUCAUCCAGAGACAACCCAAAGCUCUGCCAUAAAUGGAGACGAAGAGCUCUGGAAGGGAGGAUUUAUCAACUGCUCAGGCAGUACUAAUCGGAGCCUUAGCUCCUGGUGUGAAUAGUCCCACUUGGAACACGUUAAAGAUAGCUUUUUUGAUGCUGGGUCUGAGUCUUGUUGCCAUGAUGGGGUUAGCUUUCUCCUCAAGUGAUUUGACAAUGACGCUCCAUGUUGUUGUUCUUGUCUUAAUCACUGGCACUCUUUUCUUUCUUUUGAACAGCUUUCUCGAACAGACUGGUCUGGUUUCAGUGGAACAACAAAUGCAAGAGAUGGGUUUGGCACCCAAAAAUGCUGGGGAUGAUACGAAGAAUAAGUAAAGUUAAAGUUCCUUUACUUGAUGCAAACUACAGAUUGCAAGCGAAACGACUAUGAAGUUUGGAAACGGAUGCCUUUUUCCAACUAGUAGAGCAUCUGCAACAAGGAGGUAGGAGAAAACUCAAGGAUCCAGUUUUUCUAAUUUUGUUAGUGACUGCCUCCCCAAGAGAUUGAUUCUUCAAGAACAGCUAAACCUUUCUCCCACUAGAUUUUUGGGCUCUAUGAUCAGAUUUUUCCAUUACGUAACACAUUUUUGUUUGGUAGUUCCAUUCAAAGUUUAUUAAUUCUAACUGUUCUCUUAUUUUCCAGUUUAAAAUAUGAUGAAAUUUGCAUUAGUAUUUUAAUCUUGGAUCAUCUGACCCUGCAUCUGUACUGUAUUACUUCAAGUAACCAUGUUGGAAACUGCAGUUUUUAACAAUAAGGAUUAUAUUUGUAGCAUCCAGAAUGUACCUAACAUUGGGAGAGGAAGAUGUAUUGCUGAGUUGUUCAGUUUCCUUCAAAUUUCAUCAUUGCUGAGGAAAAUUAUAUAGCCACUGUUGGGGAGGGAAGAGCUGCUAUUACUAUAUAUAUUGAGAAUGAGUUUUUUUUUUUAAUUUAUAUACCUCACUUCUCUAUUUUCUUUUAAAACUACGUCUUCUCGAGAUUGAGCUUAAAUUCAAGUCUCUAUUGUUUGAUUAUAGCACUGUUCGUUUUGCAUUAGUUUUUGUGCUUGGUUAAACAUUUUUACUUCAGAG